AGUUAAUAACCUACAAAUGAGUUGAAUCCACAAACGCUGGUCUUUCACGUUUGCUGCGUUUGCAUUUUCCAGUGAAUUUACACAAUCUUGAGAGAAAAUGGUGUUGGAUUUGGAUUUAUUCAGAAAUGACAAGGGUGGGAAUAUAGAUAAAAUAAGAGAAAAUCAAAAGAAAAGAUUUAAAGAUGUAGCUUUGGUUGACAUGGUUGUUGAAAAAGAUUCCUUAUGGAGGCAGUUGAGACAUAAUGCUGAUAACUGGAAUAAACUUAAAAAUCUCUGUAGCAAAACAAUUGGUGAAAAAAUGAAAAAGAAAGAACCUCAAGGAGAUGUUAAUGAAGAGGUUCCAUCUAAUGUAUCAGAUAAUUUAAUUGAUGUAACUGGUGAAUUAUUGAAGCCCUUAACAGUUAAUCAAAUCAAAAAGGUUCGUACUUUAAUAGAUGAGGCUAUUCUCAGGAAUGAACAGGAUUUAGCUGAAACUGCAAAAGCUAGAAACAAUGCUUUAAGAGAAGUUGGUAAUCAUUUACAUGACUCAGUACCAGUGGAUGAUGAUGAGGAUAAUAAUAAGGUAGAGAGGACUUUUGGAGAUUGUGAAUCAAAAAAGAAAUAUUCUCAUGUUGAUUUAAUUCAUAUGAUUGAUGGAAUGGAUGGCGAAAGGGGUACAUUAGUUUCUGGAGGAAGAGGAUAUUAUUUAACUGGACCUGCUGUUUUUCUAGAACAAGCCUUAAUUAAUCUUGCUCUUCGAAUUCUACAUAAGAAGCAAUAUAAACCACUUUACACACCAUUUUUCAUGAGAAAAGAGGUUAUGCAAGAAGUAGCACAGUUAUCCCAGUUUGACGAAGAACUAUAUAAAGUAAUAGGAAAGGGGAGUGAGAAGGCAGGAGAAAAAGAUAUUGAAGAGAAAUAUCUUAUCGCCACUUCUGAACAGCCAAUUGCUGCAUUCCAUAGAGAUGAGUGGUUAGCAGAGUCUUCUCUGCCUAUCAGAUACGCAGGAAUAUCAACUUGUUUUCGACAGGAAGUAGGAUCUCAUGGUAGGGAUACAAGAGGUAUUUUCAGAGUACAUCAAUUCGAGAAGGUAGAACAGUUUUGUUUGACCUCCCCAUUUGACAAUGCAUCUUGGAUAAUGAUGGAUGAAAUGAUUGCAAACGCUGAAGAUUUUUAUAAAUCUUUGCAAAUACCUUAUAGGAUUGUUAAUAUUGUUUCGGGAGCUCUGAACCAUGCAGCUGCUAAAAAGUUAGACUUAGAGGCUUGGUUCCCAGGGUCUGGUGCUUUUAGGGAACUUGUGUCAUGCAGUAAUUGUUUGGAAUAUCAAGCUCGAAGACUUCUAGUGAGGUAUGGACAAACCAAGAAAAUGAAUACUACAACUGAUUAUGUGCAUAUGUUGAAUGCAACUAUGUGUGCUACAACAAGAGUAAUCUGUGCUAUUCUUGAAGUACACCAGACUGAUAGUGGUAUCAAGGUCCCGGAAGUUUUGAAAGACUUCAUGCCAGAACCCUACAAAGAGGAAAUUCCCUUUGUCAAACCAGCUCCAAUUGACACUGAAAAGGAAAAAAAAUCUAAGAAACAAAAUAAAGAUAACAAGAAGGGAGCAGGCGAAGAAUAAAUGUGUUUAGUUAAUAAUAUCAUUUAUUAUAACUUCGAUAUUUCCGCUUAUAAAUUAAAACAUAAUUCAAUUU